AUGGCUGUGCCCUUCGAUGCGAUCGCGCAGAACCCCAUAGGUAAUGGACUGGAUGAGCCCCGUGACGCGUUGAAACCAAUUUGUAACAAGAUGGGGAUAUGUGGCUUUCCCAACUUGCGAGAGAAUGCUGCGCUUCUCGAGGCAUCUUCAGGCGUGAGGGAUUUGAUUGUUCGCCUCAUUUUCUCCCUGCAAAGCCUACCCGCUGCCGAAACCCUUCGUUCUAGAACAAGCCGGGGGAGCCUCCGUGCAGUGGUCUCAAGCGAUUUUGACUUCGAACCGGUCAUCCCUCUGCUUGAAGAACUCUGA